UGGCAUGAUAUGAGGAGGGGGGAGAUGGGAGAUUAGCUCCUCCGGGGUGCCGUGGAAAAUUGCCAUCCGCUGCUUCCAGUUGGAGCAGGAAUGGCAUCCGUGGCGGGGUCUUCGCUGCCGUCCUGCACUCUUCUCCUCCGACGUGACUUCGAGCUUUUUCCUGGCGUUAGACCGAAGCGUCUCUCUACCAUCAAUGGCGGGAGGGGGAGGAGGCCCAUGGUGGGUUCGCCCAUCAGAGCGAAGCAAGGGGAGAGCGCAUUGCAGUAUCGGAAGCUCGGCGAUUCGGAUCUCCGGAUAAGCGAAGUCAUGCUUGGAACUAUGACAUUUGGACAACAGAAUACGGAGAAGGAAGCCCAUGACAUGCUUAGCUACGCAUUUGAGCAUGGUAUUAAUGCUGUGGAUACAGCAGAAGCAUACCCGGUCCCAAUGAGAAAGGAGACACAGGGAAGGACAGAUCUUUAUAUAGGUAGCUGGAUGAAGUCUAAACCACGUGAUAAGGUGAUUUUGGCUACAAAAGUUUGUGGUUACUCAGAGCGGUCAAGUUAUAUUCGUGACAAUGCAAAGGUUUUGCGGGUUGAUGCUGCUAAUAUAAGAGAAAGUGUAGAAAAGAGCCUUAAGCGCCUGUCCACUGACUACAUUGAUUUACUGCAGAUACACUGGCCAGAUCGAUAUGUGGCACUAUUUGGCGAAUUUACAUAUGACCCUGCAAAAUGGAGACCCAGCGUGCCAUUUGCUGAACAACUUAGGGCCCUUCAGGAGCUCAUUGAUGAAGGGAAGGUACGUUACAUUGGAGUUUCAAAUGAAACAUCGUAUGGUGUUAUGGAAUUUGUACAUGCUGCCGAGGUUCAGAAGCUUCCAAAGAUUGCCAGCAUCCAAAAUAGCUAUAGUCUGCUUGUCAGGUGCCGUUUUGAAGUUGAUCUUGUUGAAGUAUGUCACCCCAAUAACUGCAACAUUGGGCUCCUUGCAUACUCCCCACUGGCUAGUGGGACUCUCAGCGGGAAGUAUCUAGAUAUCUACUCUGAAGCUGCAAAAAGGGGCAGGCUAAGCAUUUUCCCAGGGUACAUGGAUAGAUACAAAGGUUCAUUGGCAAAGGAAGCAACUGAACUAUAUAUCCAGCUGGCCAAGAAGCAUGGCCUGACCCCAGUCCAACUUGCCCUUGGAUUUGUGCGUGACCGUCCAUUCACAACAAGUUCAAUCAUUGGUGCAACCUCUGUGGAUCAGCUGAAAGAAGAUAUUGAUGCAUUCAUUACAACCAUGCGGCCAUUGCCACCCGAAGUUGUAGAUGGCAUUGAGGAUAUCUUUAAGAGAUACAAAGACCCAGCAAUUCUUUGA